AUGCACCCUAUUGAAGAAGCCUUCGGGAAAGGCUGCAAUCUCUACAAAGACGUGCUGAACUGCGACAUCGAUUCCGACAAGGCCCAACUCCGCAAGGCAUACUACCGUACGGCAUUGCGGUACCAUCCAGACAAAAAUCCCGACAAUGCCAAGGCGUCGCAGCAGUUCCAGGCCAUCUCGUUGGCUUAUCAAAUCUUGCAAAACCAAGAAUCUCGUGAGGAGUACGACGAAUCGGGUGUUAUUCCUUCGGAUGCGAUCGAUGACGACGAUGUCGCCGCUACGAAACAGGGCGCGGAUAUCUGGAAACAAUACUUUGACCAAAUUUUUGGCAAGGUAACAAAGAGCGACAUUGAUGCUUUUGCGAGCAAAUAUAAAUGCUCGGACGAAGAGCGGCGAGAUGUGCUCAAAGAAUUUCCAGCACGCAAAGGGAAUCUUGUAAAGAUGCUGGACUUUGUCAUGCUUUCUGAGCCUAGGGAUGCGAGUCGCUGGGUAGAAGACUUCAUUCUGCCAGCUAUGGAGAAGGGGCAGAUCAAAACAGACUUCAAGGAUACAAUGCAA